ACAAAGAAACACACACUCACACACACGCAUUAGGAGGAAGAGUGGGUCUCUCCUCUCUCUCGCGUGGGAGAGCUCUUCGCCUCGCCUUGGCGCACCACCACUGGCUGGGGCCAGCACGCCACUUCCGGGAUCCGUCAUUGCGCUCGCCCACCGCUCGGUGCGCUCCGUGCGCUCGCUCACUCAGUGUGUUCGGAGGACGCGAGCCGGCCGCCGAGCUGACAACACUCGCUGACACUCAUUCACUCACCAGCCUGCUACCAAGCCAGACAGCACCAAGCAAGCAAUCAAGCAACGGACCCGGACAGACAUUUCUUUUUUAAAAAAUCUUUCCCUGGUUUUUUUUCUUCUUCUGCAACCCUCCUCCCUCGCGGUCCGCUUGUGCAAAAAGUCCACACUGGGGCGAAGCAGGCAUUUAAAGGAGACAGAGCGGAGAGGACUUACAGGGGGGGGGGACACCGGACUAACACGCAGGGCACCCGAGAAAAAAAAACAAGGAGAGAGAGGGAGCGAGCGAGAGAGAAAACUUGAACAUCAUCGCCGAGCGUCAUUCAUUCAUUACCUUGACAACCUCUGGCUUUGAUUGACAGCCGGAGUGGCAAAAAGCCAUGAUAGACGCGACAGUUGACUUUACUCGCCGCUCGUUGACGGGCCAAUUCUAAAACUUCAACCGUAUUUUUUGACACUUUCGGAAAAAAAAAUCUUUUCCCUGGGAGGACAAUCCGAUGCGACGAUUGCGGCGCGACCGCCUCGGCGAAUAGGAGAAUUCGCCCAAACAAAACAAAAAGUUAGUCGAAAAUAAGGAGGAGGCAAGAAGAGAGAGCUGGAUUUUUUUUUUCACGCGGACGAGAGGAAUAUUAAAUAUUGCACACACACAAAAAUCAGCACGGCGUAUUAAGGAGUUUUUCGCAGCCUGAUGGCGCAAAGGUACGACGAGCUGGCCCACUACGGGGGCAUGGACGGCGUAUCGGCGUCCAUGUACGGAGACCCGCACGCACCCCGGCCGCUCCCGCAGGUCCACCACCUCAACCACGGACCGCCGCUGCACGCCAGCCAGCACUACGGAGCCCACGCUCCCCACCCCAACGUCAUGCCCACCAGCAUGGGCUCGGCCGUCAACGACGUCCUAAAGAGGGAUAAGGACCAGAUUUAUGGGCAUCCUCUCUUCCCGUUGCUCGCUCUGGUCUUCGAGAAAUGCGAAUUGGCGACGUGCACGCCGAGGGAACCCGGGGUGGCCGGGGGAGACGUGUGCUCCUCAGACUCCUUCAACGAGGACAUCGCCGUGUUCGCCAAGCAGGUCCGAGCAGAAAAACCUUUAUUUUCAUCAAAUCCAGAGUUGGACAAUUUGAUGAUACAAGCCAUACAAGUAUUACGAUUUCACCUCUUGGAAUUAGAAAAGGUGCACGAGCUUUGUGACAAUUUUUGCCAUCGGUACAUCAGCUGUUUGAAAGGAAAAAUGCCAAUAGAUUUAGUGAUUGAUGAGCGGGAUGGAAGUUCCAAAUCGGACCACGAAGAGCUUUCUGGCUCGUCGACGAACCUCGCCGAUCAUAACCCGACGUCUUGGAGAGACCACGACGACGCCACGUCCACGCACUCAGCCGGCACGCCGGGGCCCUCCAGCGGGGGUCAUGCGUCACAAAGCGGCGACAACAGCAGCGAACAAGGCUUUAUUUUCCGCCCAGGAGAUGGUUUAGACAACAGCGUGGCAUCGCCGGGCACGGGCGACGACGACGACCCGGAUAAGGAUAAGAAGAGGCAGAAAAAACGCGGCAUUUUCCCCAAGGUGGCCACCAACAUCAUGAGGGCGUGGCUCUUUCAGCAUCUCACGCACCCGUACCCGUCUGAAGAGCAAAAGAAGCAGCUAGCCCAAGACACGGGCCUCACUAUCUUACAAGUAAACAACUGGUUCAUUAAUGCCAGGAGAAGAAUAGUACAGCCCAUGAUUGACCAGUCGAAUCGAGCAGGUUUUCUUCUUGAUCCUUCAGUGAGCCAAGGAGCAGCGUACAGUCCCGAGGGCCAGCCCAUGGGCAGCUUCGUGCUGGACGGGCAGCAGCACAUGGGGAUCCGGCCGGGCGGUCUGCCAGGCGUGCCGGCCGACUACGUACCUCAGAGCGGUCCUAUGGGCGUGAGCAUGGCCCCGGCCCCUUACAGCAACCCCCGUCAGAUGAACUCCUAUCCCGGCCAGCUGCGUCAUGUGCCCCCUCCUCUUCACUCGUACCCCCACCACCACCACCACCACGCCGCCAUGCUGAUGCACGGAGCCUCCUCGCCCUCGUCCCACCCGGGGAUGUCCGCCCAGAGACCCCCUUUGCUCACGCCCAUGGACCCCGCCACUGCAGGAGCGGGCCUGGACAUCCACGCCUGACAGUCGCCAGAAGGGAAACUUUUUUUUUUUUGGGAGGGGGGGUGACUGCCGAGGCCACUUUUGAAUUCAAGAAAGAGAAAAAACAAGCAGCGGCACCGUUUUUUUUAGACUUAUUUUUCAAGAGUAACAAUCGAAAAAGCCUUCGGAGCAGAACUGAAGAAUUCCAGACUGUGACAACCAUGACUCUUUUUUUUCUAACGUUUGUUACAUUUUCACCCAAGCGGAGGACCAAGCUGACUUUGUAAAGUCUUGGGCUUUAAAGAAAACAAAAACAAAAAACCAACUCAAAACACUCUUUUCAUGCGGCGCUUCUUAAAAUAAAAAAAAAGAAAGAUCCCUCACUCUGGAAGACUUUAAAAAAGGAAACAACUCCAAGAGUUAUAACUACUGUAGUAUAAUUGAAAAAUAUAUAGUUAAAUAAGUUAAAACUUCUUUUUGGAUCACGUUUUUAUUAUUAUUAUUUUUUUUUUUAGUUUUUUUUUUUUUAGGAUUUAACCCUUUUUGGAGGACUUGCAGCACAGCACUAUGACAAAGAAGAAGAUGGAACAUCUCAAAAGGCUUCAACAGGGGCCACCGGGUCCUAAAUACCCCCCCCCCCCCUCCUCAAGGCAUAAUGGGAAAAGGCUGCUAGAGGACACCCUUGAAGAUUUGUCAUGCCUUUUUUUUUUUUUUAAACUCUAAAGGCUCUUGAAUGAAUGUUUUUAAAUGAAAAAAACAUUGUUUAAAAUUGCCCAAGCACUGGAUUGUGUUGGUUUUUAUACUUUUUUUUUUCUUUUCUACUUCGGGACUCUCAUCCUUAAAGAGCCAAGUGAAGGAAGAAGCUCCACGGCGUGUGUGUGUGUGUUGGGAGGGAGGGGGGGGCGGGGGCAAAAACACACACACACGGACACACAUGUUGAUUGUGCAGCACUGGAGACAAGCUAUGGAUGCACCAAAAAAAAAAAAAAGAAGCAAACACUUAAAUUAUGAACUCAAUGUUUUUUUGGGGGGGAGGGUUGAAAAAACAAACACACACAUUAAAAAAAAAAAAAAAAAAAGCUGAGAGACUAUUGUAACAAACUUCGUACAGAGUCCAAGUCUAUUAAUUGUUUCUUGUUAGAUAUUCUAUGUGUUUACCUCAAUUGAAAACGAAUGUUUUUUGCUAGUUUCAGAUCUGCUGUGGCAUUGAUAUUGUAAAUGUCCAUGAAUUCCUUCCUCUUUUUUGUUUAUUUUGUUUGUUUUUGUUUUGUUUGUUUUCUCAGCACGUGUUCCUCACUAGAAGAUAAGAUGCCGUCUCCCUUAAAAGCUUUUGUCAAAAAUAAUAAUUAAAAAAAAAAUUACAAAACAAAAGGUAACAAAAAAAAAUACAAAAAAAACUUGUAUGAGGACUGUGACGUAUUGUUUUAAAAGGUGUUCAGUCACAAAAUGCUGUAAUAAAUAUUUCAUUUUUGA